CUGGUGUUCUUCUUUUCCCUGCCCUGGUGUUCUUCUUUUCCCUUCCCUGGUGUUCUUCUUUUCCCUUCCCUGGUGUUCUUCUUUUCCCUUCCCUGGUGUUCUUCUUUUCCCUUCCCUGGUGUUCUUCUUUUCCCUUCCCUGGUGUUCUUCUUUUCCCUUCCCUGGUGUUCUUCUUUUCCCUUCCCUGGUGUUCUUCUUUUCCCUUCCCUGAUUCUCUUUCCCACUUUUUCUUCCCCUCCCACCACUCUCCUCCUUUACUCUUGCCCCAGCCUUAGCUCAGGGCAGGGCUCGGAGAGGCUGAAGUUGAACCCCCAAAAGCAAACGUCGGAGGCUCCACCACGUUGGUGGCUCUCCUCCUGCCCAGCCCUGCCCCAGGGUGCCAGUGGUGGCUCCGUGUCUGGCCCUGCCCUCCCUGCCAGGCUGCCCACGUUCCCACGUCGCUGACGCUGAGCGCUGCUCCCCCACCUCCCCUUAUCAAUAACGGGGCUGGCAGGGUGCCAGGCUGAGCUGGGCACCCAUCAGCCAGCAAUUGCACCUUCAGAGCAGAUAUUUAUAACCCCCUUGCUUUCUGUUUAUGCAGCCAGGUGGAACAUUUGAUAGCUGUCCCCACCACAAACACAUUUUUAGCUGUAAAUUACUCCCCCUGGUUAUCUGCGGGCACUGCCAGCCCUGACAAAUGGCCCUGGGCAGGACCUGAUUGGCUCUGCCUACCCGGGGCCAACUUUAAAUUUCAGCAAAGUGGGCACAGCCUCCACGGUCUGCUGCUGGGACCUUGCCUGCGACGGGGAAAGGAGCUGCCCGAAGAUGCAAACAGCCCUGGUGUGCCUGUGCCUGCUCAGCACAGCCUUCGCCAUACCCGUGCCCCCACCGCUGCCUGGGACAGCUGCUGGGAACUGUGUGGGACAGCACCGGCAGAUCCUGCUGAAAGGCUGCAAUGCCAAGCAUGGCUUCUACGUUUUCAAGUAUAUCUUCUUCUCCACACGCAAGAACCAGACCCAGAUAAAGAAGGAAGAGGCCAGCAGCCAAGACACCCUCCCUAGCCACCGGCUGGGUGAGGACGAUGCCAGGCAAGGACCAACAGAGAAUGGAGCAGUCCUGGAGCGAGAUGAUAAUGGCAGCACUGAAGUGAUGGAGAACAGCACCAGCCUCAAGCCUCAGAACCACAGCACCCCAGGGACUGGUGGAGAUGCUCACAGUCCUCACCCUGGCACCAUCACGCAGGCCCACAGUGGUGUUGGCAUCACAGGUCCCAUGCCGGCCAGCUCAGAAGGCAGUGGCGACCAGAGUGUGGUGGUUGAAGAUGAUGGAGUCAUUUCCACUCUCCCACAGGGCAGCCACCUUGGCAAGGUUGUGGUGGGCAACAGGUCCAGCAGCAGGAGUGAGGACAGAGAUGACAGUGCCACCAGGGAGGCAGCCACGACAGCAGGGAAAGAGAGGGCACACACCUCCGGAGGGGCUGGGGACGAGGGCAGCGGUGAGGCCACCAUCCGUGGCCAUGGGCAGGAGGAUGUCGUGCAGGGCACAAAGACAGGAGGUCCCAACUUCACUUCUGUCACUGAGAAGCUGGAGACAGUCCAGGUGGAUGAUGAAGGUGUGGGUGAAUACACCUACAUCCCCAGCUCGGGCAGCGUCACCGUCACUAGUGGGCAGGGGGCAAGGACCAGCUUCACCCAGCUUCCAGACAAGGACGACGAAGUCACCAUCUUCAUAGGGAAAGCCAACAUCCACGUGGGGGAGCAAGAAGCCACCCAGCCUGGUGCCGCGUUUGGCAGCAAGAGGGACGGCACCUCCAGCGUGGGAAGCAGCAGCCCCCUGCCCAGCCUGCGUGUCACUGCAACACCAGACGGUGAGCGUGAGGGUGGCAUCCCUGCUCGCAGGCGACCUGAGAGGCCAGCCACCACAGCCACCCUGAGCCACGGGGACAGUGCCACCAGCAGCCCUGGCCAUGGCCGUUCCACAGAAGAUAGCAAGGAUGCUGCCACCACUGCCGGUGACAGGCGAGAAACAGUGGUGCCGACCACAGGAGACAACGAGGAUGCUGCCACCACUGCCGGUGACAGGCAAGAAACAGUGGUCCCGACCACAGGAGACAACGAGGACGCUGCCACCACUGCCGGUGACAGGCGAGGACCAGUGGUCCCGGCCACAGAAGACAACGAGGAUGCUGCCACCACUGCCGGUGACAGGCGAAAAACAGUGGUCCCGGCCACGGAAGACAACGAGGAUGCUGCCACCACUGCCGGUGACAGGCGAAAAACAGUGGUCCCGACCACAGGAGACAACGAGGAUGCUGCCACCACUGCUGGUGACAGGCGAAAAACAGUGGUCCCGGCCACGGAAGACAACGAGGAUGCUGCCACCACUGCCGGUGACAGGCGAAAAACAGUGGUCCCGACCACAGAAGACAACGAGGAUGCUGCCACCACUGCUGGUGACAGGCGAAAAACAGUGGUCCCGACCACAGGAGACAACGAGGAUGCUGCCACCACUGCUGGUGACAGGCGAGAAACAGUGGUCCCGGCCACAGAAGGCAACGAGGACGCUGCCACCACUGCCGGUGACAGGCGAGGACCAGUGGUCCCGACCACAGGAGACAACGAGGAUGCUGCCACCACUGUCGGUGACAGGCGAGGACCAGUGGUCCCGACCACAGGAGACAACGAGGAUGCUGCCACCACUGCUGGUGACAGGCGAGGACCAGUGGUCCCGACCACAGAAGGCAACGAGGAUGCUGCCACCACUGCUGGUGCCAGGCAAGAACCAGUGGUCCCUACUCCCUGGGGUGUGGCUGGUGAGGAUGUUACUGUCCCCAUGGGGAGUGACAGGCAUGGGAAUGGUGAUGAUAAGGUUGGAGGUGAGGGGCAUGGGUUUAAAGGGAAGCUGGGUGGCCUGGCUGUCACCAUGCCCCAUCGGGGGGGUGACGACGCGACCAUUGCCACUGUCACACCCAAAGGGGCCAGCAUCCACCUGAGCACCACCCCAGCCUCCCCCCGGACAAGUAAGGAGGUCCGCACCACCGCCCUGGGGACAGUCGGUGGCACCGGCGGCACUACUGCCCCGGCGAUGCCACGGAGCACUGCGGCAGGGCGCAGGGGGAGCGGGGAGGUGAGGCUGGCCACCACCAAGCCCCCCAGGGAGGGCUGGCCCGGGGCAGGGGUGAAGGGCCAGGUGCCGGGCCUGGGGCUGGGCACCUCUUCCAGGACAAAGCAAGAGCCGUCCCCACACGGGCAGGCUGGCAGCUGGGCACCGAGCCGGGCACCGGGGAGGGCAGGCGGCCGUGGCGGCGGCGCCGAGGGCGGGCAGGGCGCCACCCAGGUUGGGGGCAGCUCGCUGCCGCUGGCAGGGCAAGCUGGGGGCAGCACGGCUGAGGGCAAAGCGCAGGAGCGAGGGCAAGGCGGUGAGCCCAAGGGGGCACCGGCGGGGGCCGGGGGAGGGCGCCUGCCCGGGCGCUACGACAGGAGGCCAUGGGCAGGGGCGCCGGGCACCUUCUCGGCGCUGAGCCGCAGCAGGCAGCUGGACCAGCUGAGGAGGGCCGACGAGCUGCACGUCCGCGAAAGGGCAUUCUACAGCCUGGGCACCGGCGGGGCGGGGCCCCACGGCCCCCACGCCAGCCUGGCCAGCGCCGACAGCAGCCAGUCCUUCGAGGGCGAGCAGGGCAGCCGCAGCGACAGCCAGCAGGCAGGGCUGCAGCCGUCGGCGUGGGGAGCCCCCGCGCAUCCCUACGGCCGCUGGAUCCAGGGGACCCUCUGAGGGGCUGCCAGUAACCACCCCCAGCGGGCUGCAGUGCUGGCGCCGGAGGGGGGCAUCCCGCGGGUCCCCCACCAACCCUGCCGCUGGCACCGCUCUUGCCUGGGCGAGGGAUGCUCUUUCCUGUUGCUGGGGGUUGCGCGGCGCUUGGCAGCCCUGGAGGCAAAAAUCACUGCUGUCGCCGGUGUCACUGGUGCCUGUCGGGGCUGUCGCUGGCUGGUGGCAGCCUGCUGUUAACCCGAGGAGGGCUGCGCCCAGCGCUGCGGCGGCUGCGCCCGGGGUUGCUGCGCUCCACGGGCAGGCAGCAGCCAUGGCAGGGGCGAGGUGUUCCUGCGCUGCCACGGUGCGAGCGGGGGGCAGAAGCCUCUGUCCUCUCUGGCCCUGCCUAACGGAGCAAUAAAGGCAUUUCU